GUCAAUCAGUGACGAUAACAUGCACACUUCCACAUUGAAUUUAAGGUUAAAACAGUUUCAGAACAAAUUUUCAUUAACACGUAACUUUUUCGGCACAUUUUGACCAUAAAAGUGAAACUACAUCGAACACUGCAUUAUCGCGGAGAUAUUUUUUAAACCUAGACUUACCAUAGGCCACCAUCAUGUCGUUACCGAAGCGGUCGACGAAACACCAGCCACUCGACUAUCAGGAACUGCAGAAGCUGGAGCAGUUGUAUCCCGUCGUUAUUGGUGGUGCACCCAAUGUGCAAAUUACUCCUUGGAACGACGUAGAUCGCCAGUUGCAGGACGGAAUGGGCGAGUUGCAGCUCAUGUUUAAUCGCCUGGCACCGCCGCCAUCGCCGGACAAAUGCAAUCCCAAUAGAUCCAAUCCGAUUAUACAUAGUUUGGAUGAUAGACCACUCCCAGUCACGGGAUCAUGGGGCCAUGGGAAGAGAACCCACACGCGUAAUCCGAUCCUAAAUCCAGAUGAUUGUGAACCAGAAAUCGAGGAAAAACCAGAGCAGGCUGUGCAGCUAAUCGAGGAUGUAGAGGAUAUUCCGGCGCAGGAAAUGGAUGCGGGAGCCCGCUUGCUGGCCAUCAGGUUCUUCAAUCUAAUGCUGGCCAAGCUGUGGCGUCGGCGAAGGGCCGAAGUCUGCGAUCUGCACACGCUGGUUCGCAAGUACCAAGUCCAUGCCGCUCGCACCCAAACAGAGCUGUUCACGCGCAACCAAAUGAUCUGCUCGGAGCAGCGACGUGGGGAGCAGCUGAGCAAUCAGCUAAUGCGGGCCAUCAGUCGCGUCCGCGUGACCAUGCAAAGCUGCGCCGAACUGGACACCGAGCUGCAGCAGCUGAGGAUCCGGGAAGAGACGCUGAGCAACGAGCUGGCCUCCAAGUCGCUGGAGUGCGAAUAUUUCGCCGAAAUGCUCGACAGCUUCCGCGCCGAUAUGUUUCGCGAGCUGGCCAAUUAUCGCGAGGGAGCCGCCGAACUGGCCAACCAACAGCGGCGGGCCCUCGAAUUGGAGUAUGAAAACACCGAGCUGGAGGAUCAGCUGCUAACGAUCAAGGAUCAGUUCCUGCAGCAGAACGACCAAAUGUCGGUGGCGCUUGGCGAGAAACAGCAGCAACUGGACGCCGCCUAUGAGACACUGAAGCACUACGAACAGGAGCUGGUCCACCUGGAGACAAAGUACCAGGAGAUGUUGAGCCAAACCGGACUGGAAGCCGACCUGCAGAGGGAGGUCGCGAUUUUAAGGAAGAACAUGAGCCUGCCGCGCUGUCUGAUCUUCUACCUGAGUGCCUGCAAUUGGGGGACUUUUCAUGGUUGCGUUUACCACGUGGUGGCCGGCACACUCGACUGUCUGGCGCCCCCGUUUUCCACACCCCCGAUGACUAACAAUUUACUCAGAAUGGGCAUGGCCGCCGUAUUCCUGCUUUAUGCCAUGUAUUGAUUUGUCUGACUGACGGAUGUGAAAAGGACGCUGGCGACGCAAACAGGUUUAGCCAGGAUGACAGAGGAGUUUAUUAGCCAGCCCAGUAGGUUGGGGUUUCUUGUGAAUAUUUCACAACACACUAGCACAAAUUUAUUGCGAAUAUUAGAUAACUUUUUUGUUUCAUUUUGCCACGGUAUUUCCAAAACGAAAAAAAAAGUAGAAUAAAAUUUUUUACUAGUCUUCAA